AUGCCUACCACAGCCAAGCCAGUAUCACCUUUCUUUGGUCAUGAUUCCACUGUUCCUCCACCUUUACCCUCCAUGCUAACAGAUCAAAUUGAGUUAUUUGGAAGUCCAUGCUGCCCUAUGAUGCUGCUUGCUGAUGAAGUUCUUGCUCCAGCUGAAGAGGACUUGGCUGCCAAGUCUGUUGAGUCCUCUGACAGUGAUCUCACAUCAAGUGUGCUCUUAGAUGAGUCAAAGAUUCCCAAGCCUAUUGGGGAGCCUGGACAUCCUGGACAUGGAGAGUACACACUUGAAAUUGCUCUUGAUUGGAACCAUAAAAUAUAUGUGAAGUUCAAGAAACAUAUUUUCCACCCCAUCAAUGAACACCUGGACAUCACCAAGUGUGCAUCUGUGCAAAAUCCAACACUUCUCAGACUUGUAUGCAACAAGGCUGUGGCUGUGUUCCCAGAUCUUGAUAACUAUGCCCAUGCCUGGCCUUUGUGCAAGGUGCCAAGAGGUAGAGAUGGCAGCACUUCAGCCUCCCAGACCAAGGUCUGCCCAGGGACAUCUGGUCAUGUCCCAGGGCUAUGCAGAUUUUUAGGCCCUGGGACAGAUGGGAUUUCCCACAUAGCCAUCCAUUUGAAUGCAAUUAUUUGGGAUGUCCCAAGACUGCCUUGGGUGGCAGGGGUCCCUACUCCUGAAAGUGCAGCUUAUAUUAGCAUUGAAAUAGCUGCAGAAAUCCUAGCCCCCUUGCUCCUCUGA